AUGUCGGCCGAGGUCGUUCCUCCCACCGCCGGGCAUCCGUCCUUCCGGCAGGACAUAUUCCACAAUGCCAUCUCUGGAACAGAGGAGGAUGGGAGCACGGGUGACGCUCGAAAGCUGGGAGCCCUUCAGCGGGCUAGUGAUCAAAUCGCUUCCCGAGUACGACCUCAGCUCGAUGCACCCGCAAAAGAAGUAUUCGAUAGUGUACGUUCGACGGUAGAGGUCUUCGACGGUAUCGCAGAGGAACGAUUACGGUUUAUGCCUGAGAAUGGCAGUCAACUUGAUCGAGCUUCCAAACAAGCCGUGGUCCUAGUGGGCCGGUUGGAGCAGCUCGCCCGACUAAUGUCGAGUUUCACAUCCGGAACCGAGCGCGCAAUCCGACUAAUGGGGGGAAGCUUUCUAUUGCUUCUGCAGUGUGGUUCAGAACAACCAAAACUCCUAGCCUCGCUGUUUCAGAUAUUCCAUAGACUUGCGGUUGAGUUGUCGCAUGUGAGGAACAAUCUGGAGCUCUUAAUGUCCGACAACGUUGCACAACAAGAGCUUGUUGCUGCGUAUGCUGAGCUAUGUGGGCUCAUUUGUUCAGCCAGUGUGCACUAUUUUCAAAAGGCUCAUGGCUCCUCCAAGGCUCUGGAUACAUCCGAUUUACAAUUUCGAUUCAAACCACAGAUUCAAGCAUUCCAUUCCCAUCGGAUCGCGGUUAAAGAAAGACUUUGGAGUAGACUUAUCAUGAGUGAUGUCAGUGUAGAUCCAUCAGAAAAGGUGCAAGAGAUAUGGGAGUACUUGUCCGUCAAGGAUCGGGUGGCUUCGAGGGUCCUUUCUGCGCGUUCACCUCAGCCCGCAGAGUACACCUGCGAGUGGUUUUCCAAUAGACUUUCUCAGAUACGGUCGAGCGAGAGCCAGUUAUUUACUGUAACUGGUGACACGGGCACUGGGAAGACUGUUUUAUCUGAGUGGAUCGUCCAGCAACUUCAAACAUCAAUGGAUCCACAUGACUAUGAUGUAGUCACGUUCAGAGUUUACGAUGAUAUUAGCGCUACUACCGGUCCUAUAGGUUUAGCGAAAGGGCUACUAUUGGAGAUACUCGGGCGUCAAGCAAAGGAUGGAGACCUAUUAAGGGCUCUGGAACGCUCAAUGCACCUGCACUCGUCCGGGGCGUCCAGUAAGAGUGUUGAGGACUCUCUAUGGCAGGCUAUAAACAUUGCCGUGAGAGAAACAGGCAAAAUGAUGGUUAUACUCGAUGGUAUCGACAGUCUCAACGGGGAUCCAGAGGUUAUUCCACGUCUCUUUGAUCACUUGAAAACGCUGGUUUCACAAAGCCCUGCAAUCAAAGUGAUUACCCUGUUCAGGCCCUUGAAUGGUGUGCCUAGUGAUGCUUACCGGAUCAAGAUCGAGCCAAACCAGACCGCAAGCGAUGUUCGAACAGUAGUUCGCAAUGAGAUUGAGUGCUCCGAAGUGUGCAUUGGGCUAACAUUAGGAGACCGAGAGGAGAUCGAGACUGGAAUUGUAAAGAAAGCAAACGGAUGUUUUCCUCUUGCACAAUUGGCGGUCGGUCAGUUGAAUGCCUUGAGAACUUCGUCAGACAUGAUAGCUCUGGUGCAAAGAAUACCUUCUUUGCUUCAAGAUAUGUUAAAGCAGACACUCGAUUCGAUUGAUCUGAGUGAUUGGACAGCCCGAUCAGUAUUGGCUUGGAUGAUCGUUUCCCACCGCCCUCUACGAGUGGAAGAGAUUCGUUCUCUUUUGGAGAUCGACACAAAAAGGACGGAGGUUGUACCUCGUGUAGGAAAUGCAGAAGGCGACAUUCGUCGGAUGCUUGGCUCUUUUAUUACCAUUGAAGACGAAGUAAUUUCCUUUAGAUCUUCUGCCCUACGACAGUAUAUUAUCAAUCAGGCGAAGUCAGCCGCUGGUGACAGUGACAAAGGAAAACUGCCACUGACCAUGAAGGAAGCGCAUUCCGACCUUCUUACGCGGCUGCUAGCCUAUGUGAAGCUCAAUGUGACUGAUGAGGUAGAGGUGUCCACGACACCUUUGAGCGAGUCUGUCCAACGCAAAUAUUUUGAUCAAUAUCAACUUCUCGAGUAUGCGGCAAGGUAUUGGACGCUGCACUUUAGGUCUUCUCAGAUGAACGAAAAGGAAAGAGACAACUUCAUGGUAACCAAUCUAGUCAAGCGGAGCUUCCCGGACUCCGUUUUGCUUGCACUGCUUGAAGGUGGCUGCCAUCAACUGCAAUAUCUGCCGUACCAGGUGCAGGAGCUGCAGGUCUUUUCCGUCCAGCUUCGUCGGCAGCUCUUCCCUGACCUUUCCCUGUCACUUUUGCAAAGCUUAAUCAGCGCUGCACAAGUUUCACAGCGGCUUGGAUCCGCUGACACUGCUGAUUAUUCCUAUGAGGCCUGGAGAAAGAGCAUCUCCCUCUUGGGAUCGCGCAAUAUCGUUACGAGAUUUAGCGCAGAGAUCUUCAUUGACGUUGUAGCCCAAAGGGACUCUAGGGACAAGGCUUUCUUGGACCACAAGGAGGAAGUACUAGAAUAUCUGUUGCAAGCAACCAAGGAAGAAGUCGGAUUCUCAAAUGAUGUGGCAAUCAAAUACACACAGAUGCUUCUUGAUCACCAGGUCACUCUGAAACACAAGGAGUCGGUGAGAAGAUUAUCCAAAGAGCUCUUUGAGAUGGGCAUUACUCGAUAUGGCCAGCACUCUCGCGAGAUGGAAGAAACAACUGAGCACAUAUACAGGCAACUUGAAAGACUUUCUAUGCCUGACGUUACUGCAGAAAUAUUGCAGACCGAACAUGAAUUUUCGAGGCAGAGUUUGGCGGUCACCGACCAACGUAUGAUCGAUUCGACGUUGCAAAUGGUCAAGGUCUACGAGGAAGGAGGGGAAACCUCCAAAGCCGAUGCGCUCUUCAUGGAUACAUGGAGAAAGCUUUUAGCCGUUGAGGACACCUCGGAUACUGUCAUCAAGCAACAGGCAGAAUUCACUAUAAGGUACGCUGAGUAUUUAGAGCGGCAUUCUCGUAAGGAAGAGGCAGAAUCCGUUACCAGCGCUGCGUGGUUCUGCUUGGAAGCUCAGGCUUCUCGCUUUGACCAGUUAAGCUCAACUUUUGAAUUGGUACUCGGUCAUAUUCGGAAAAUGAAAUGGGACGCACUAGCCCAAUCUGCCAUGGGAACAUUGUGGAAAUCUUGCAAGUCCCAGAAGCAAGUCUCACACCGGCUUGUCCAAGUCACCGCAUCAUUAGCCCAGACUGUGCAGCAAUCUAGCUCUACCGCCUCAUCAGGCGAGGCGUCUAUGUCUCAGGAACAAAUUGAGAUAAUCCAUGAGAUUUUGGAGUCUGCCAGAUCAGUAGGGAUGCAUUCAUCCGAUACUGCACUGGCUUCGAUGAAGGCCGCUAAGCAGGUGGCAUCUCCAUUGAUGGAAAGUGAACGAUACGUGGAGGCUGCUAGUAUAUAUUGUCGGGCUCUGUCUCAUCUCUGGGCCGAGAUUGACAGCAAGUCGACGACGAUACGACUCAGCGAUAACGUUGAUGAAACGGUCGAACUAGCCACAAGCCUUGCGGAGUGUUACUUCAAGGAUCUGCAAAUUGAAAAGGCGGCACUGGUUUAUCAGAACAUCCUGGAGGCCGUGCUCUCCUCUGAUGCAACUGAUACUCAGAUGGUUCGAUUCACCGCGGACAAAGUAAUUACUUUUUACCAAACCAUAUAUCGCUUCCUUGACGCAAUAAAGACGUACGGACGCUUGUAUAGGAAUAUUUCAUCGCGCUUAGGCAAGGCUCACAAGCAGAGCAUUGAGAUACUGUACGAGUGCGGAGACCUGGCAAAGAGGUGUCACCUGAAAAAGGAAGCUGAACAAGCAUAUCAAGAAAUAUACAACAACCUUGGCCACAACAGUCAGUUAGACCAUCGAGCCAUUGCCGCUGCUCGUGCUCUGGCUACCAUUUACGAAGAAACAGAAAGGUGGACAAAUGCAAGGGGCGUUUAUGAGACGCUGUGGCGUACAAUUUCCACCAGCGACAAGGACCAUGUGGUAGAUAGUGAGCUUGUCGAAGAGGUCUACCAGCAUUAUAUGACUUUAUUGGAGACAAAGCUGGAUGCAAAUGUCGUGGAAAUUCAUGAUCUGGCAGCUAGCUAUCGCAAGAUUUGCCAAAGACGGCAUGGAAGCUCCAGUAGACAAGUCUACGAGGCAACACUUUCUUUGGCAGAAAGUUCUCGCAGAGAUGAGAGAUACCAUGACGAAGCAGUGGAGCUGUAUGAAGCAGCUCUUGAGCAGAGUGAAACUUUCGCCGGGCGACAGGAAAUAACCACAAUGGCCAUGAAGCGCUGUUUGGCAGAUCUCUAUGCCCGCCAGUCUCGGACCACCCAUAAGGCUGCUGCGCUAUACAGAGAAAGAUUUACCUCUUCUGUUCAUGAGCAUGGAUAUGCCUCUCAGGAAUAUAGUCUCCCGCAGUUGCGGGAAUUACUACAACUACUGCAUCGACAGAACAGUAAAGUUGCUCAUCAGGACCUUCAGGAGACUCUCGGAACAAGUACGGUGGCAGCCUUCGAGGAGAAGACCGACAGCCAGCAUUUGUACACCGCAGCUGUCGAGCUUGCGCAAAUGGCCGCCAGCUUCGUUGUCGCAUUUGAGAUGUCUCUGAGGAAUAGUCACAAUUAUGCAUCCAUGAUGGCCGACCUUAUCGCAGAGAUUCAGCUCUACUCAACGUUCCAUCACGCCAGAAAACAGAAGGGCUUCAUCCACACGUUCAUUGCUGGAAUUCGCUUGAUGAACUUCCAAAGCCUCAAUGGUUGGACUGAAAAUGCCAACACCACUGAUGCAGAGUUGUUCCAGUUGUUUACAGAGCGGUUCACUGGUGUUGAAACUGGCAAGACAGUUCUGCGAGAGUUCUACGACAUCUGUAUCUCGCAGGCACCACAGGGAAGCCUAGUGAGGAGAUUGACUCGCGUGAUCGUCGAUAAUGUUUAUCAAAAGCUGGCUACCAGUCGUUUUCGACAAGCGUAUAGCCAUGCCACCAUACUUCACGAGUUCGUCAAAGAUUCCGGCGGAUUUCAGGAUCAGGACAGUACCCGAGAUGGCGUAAAACUCUCCGAGCAUCUUCUUGUCCAAGGCUCCCGGAAAUGUCCCGAUCGUGAACUGGGUGGGAAAAUGCUAGUACUCUCCAAGACCAUUUUGCAUGAGAUUGUCUCCUCUUAUCAUGAGAAAGGGGUGAAUCUCACGGACUUUGAGACCACGGAUCUCAAUCAACUUGCAAUCUUGUUAGGUGGCCAGAGGAACUUUGAAGAUCUAGAGUUCCUCCUGAGCGAGUUGUGGUCCUCUCGGGUUGUUCAAAAGACAUGGUCUUCGGAUACUAUCAUUCUGGUGGGACGUCGGUUAGUCGAGGCCCGCUUCUCAAAUGGUCGGACUAUGCAAGCGACUCAGCUGUGCGGGGAUCUAUGCUAUAAUGUCAAGCGAGUCUGGGGUCAAUUUGAUCGAAGUGCUCUAGAGUUGACUAAUCUACUCUCUGCUCUCUACACCACUGAAGGUGAUCACGUUCGCGCGAUGGGGGUACACGAAUCUGUCCUACGCCAGCUCCUCGAGGAUAGCACAGAUAUCACGCUGUCGGAAGCGGCUGAGAUUGCCUCCAAGCAAACGGCAUUGAUCCAGAGAUGCUACCAGCGCAACGGUGGCUGGAGCAAGGGAUCGGAUAGGUAUGAGAACAUGUUCAACCGACUAAAUGAGAAAUUUGCCAAAGAAAAGAAAUGGGCGAGACGGAACCCGCAGCACUGGACGGUCAAGGAAGUUGACAAAUUGGGCGUGUGGGAGGCUCCACACGAUUAUGGAUUUCUCAUGGCUGGUAAGGGCGCUACACAUCAGAACCAGCUGCGCAAGGCCAGUGAGCCGGAUAUUGAAUCCUCUUCAAACACAUACCAGAGUGGGAGGGCCCAGCAGGUUUCAUGA